CGCAAUCGCAAUCAAGGAGGAAGGAAUUUCCAAGGGAAAGGUCCGACGGGUGAACGAUAUUAUCAUUGCAAGUUAUGCCAAAAGAAUCAUCCUGGACGCGAUUGUGCGGGCAAUGCAGUGAAAUGUUACGAUUGUGGCCGGAUGGGACAUAGAGCAUAUGAGUGUCACGUGGGAAAAGGGAGGGUUCCCCAGAACCAGGGCAAUAUCAACAAGGGAGGCAAUCCUGGAGGAAAUAGGCCAGGAGGCGCAGAGAAUCCUAACCACAACGCUCGUGGGAAUGGGGGAAACCACAAGGGCAACAACAACACCCCUAACCAAGGCAAGAUCUACGUGAUGAAUCAAGCUCAAGCUAAUGCUUGUGACGUGGUUUCAGGUGUUGAGUUGAUCGAUGUUGAAGUUGACUUCGGGAGAGAGCUUUCGCUAGAAAUCAUUAUUAGUAAAUCAUUGUAAAUUUCUUUUUCAAUAACUUUAAUAAGUGAACUUUUGAUUUUGAAGUUUAAGUUGUUUUAGCCUGUGCACUCGAUUAAGAGAGAAUCGAGUGUGGCGGUAGCACCCCUAUUUCCCUUUUGAUUUCCGCUGCACAAUUCUGAUGUUUUUAAAUAAAUUUGAUAUUUAUUUUGAAUAAAGUAUUAUUUUUGGGUGGG